CACUCCAUCCGUCCCACUCAAGAGGCCAUACCAAAAUGGCCAAAGCCAAGGCAGCGCCCCCACCAUCAUCAGGCGGAAAGUCGGCCAAGAAGAAGAAGUGGUCGAAGGGCAAGGUCAAGGACAAGGCCCAGCACGCCGUGGCCGUCGACAAGCCGCUGUUCGACCGCAUCAUGAAGGAGGUCCCCGGCUUCAAGUUCAUCUCGCAGUCGAUCCUCAUCGAGCGGCUGAAAGUCAACGGCUCGCUCGCUCGCGUUGCCAUCAGGCAUUUGGAGAAGGAGGGCCACAUCAAGCGGAUCGUGCACCACAGCGCUCAACUGAUCUACACGCGGGCAACAACAGGCACCGAUUAAACCUGGUUUUCGUGUUCUCGUCUACGGUCCUUCGUCGCUUUCAUCAUGUAUCAUGCACCCGCGCAAAACAUGCCUCCAUGAAACUCCAAAAUAUUCCGUGUGUUACCGGAGAGCGCUA